CGCCAUCUAGCUUGUUAGCACUUUGACGUGCGUGGGGAUUUUCAUUGCCGGGGAUUUGCUCCGGGUUCAGGGAGUCAGUUCUGAGGAGGCUAUCUUCUGUCUAUCACAUGCUUGAUAGAAUGGGAAUAUGUGGUGCGGAUGAUAAACAGGGGGGGUGAAAACCUCAGGGAAUGCGGGGUUCCUGCUUAUUAUUUCAGCUUGGCUUUAUAGGGGUGAUUCUUUCCGACGCCUCGCCUGACUUCCCAUCGAAUCUUAUUGCAUUUAGUGUUUGGCGAGUAUCGUGCUCGUAUUUCUCACAUGUCAAGUUCUACAAGUUCACCGCUGUACUGUCAAACUCAGCCACCCUAUUCCUAUCACGAAUGGGGUGUAUUACUUUCUUUCACAUGAUAAUUCUCGAGCGGAUAGUGGCAUUGACCUCAAUUGGUCGUCACUCAGCCUCCACUCCUCUCAAGAUGACAAGCUGUCGAAACAUUUCGUAAAGAGAUAAAAAUAAGAAGGGGGUUUCAAAGUAUUAUUUCACGUGAAAGUUUGCUUACUGCGGAACAAGACCUGGCGUUUUAUUAAGGCAGCUUAAAUAUUGAGGAAGGCCUCUCACCU